AUGGUGGACUCUCAGUACUUCCUGCCAAAUGACAUCGGUGUCGCUGCUCUGGACUGCGCCGAAGCUUUUGGCUUGCUCUCCCCACAAGAAAAGUUGUAUGCCCACUAUUUGUCCCGUGCUUCCUGGUACGGAGGCCUGGCAGUACUCCUGCAAACCUCCCCAGAGUCACCGCUCAUCUUCGUCCUACUGCAGAGAAUCUUCCGAAAGCAAUCUCCUGCGCAGCUAGAAGCUGUAGCGAAAGCUGCCGGGCUGAGUUCAGAAGAGUACCAGGCCUUUUUGGUGUAUGCAGCAGGUCUCUAUGCCAAUAUGGGCAACUACAAGUCUUUCGGAGAUUCCAAGUUUGUCCCAAAUUUGCCCAAGGAGAAGCUGGAUGCCCUGGUGAGGGCCAGCCAGGCUUUUCAGGACAACCCGGCUGAGAUGGGCACUCUGUGGGACACUUGCUCAUGUCCAUUGUACUCACUGAUGGACAAACAGAAACAACUGGGUCUUGGUGACAAGGGAAUUACCACCUAUUUCUCAGGAAACUGCUGUAUGGAAGAUGCUGAGUUGGCACAAAAGUUUCUUGACUCUAAAAAACUGUCUGCUUACAACACCCGGCUGUUUAAAAGGGAAAAGGGUGACAAAACCUGCUACGAGGUGCGCUUAGCCUCCGCUGUGAAGAAAGACUGCGCAGUGGACGGCGAGUGCGAUUCUUGCUGCGGGUGCUUUGAUUUUGAGGGAAAAGAGUUCUCUGUGAAAAGGGGCGACUAUGCCCCGCUUAUGGAGAGGGUCUGCCAUUAUCUUCAGAAAGCUCAGGCCCACGCCGCCAACGACAACCAGAGGAAAAUGCUUGAGGAAUACAGACGAAGCUUUAGCCUAGGCUCUGUGGAAGCCCACAAGGAGGGCUCGCGCUACUGGAUCAAAGAUAAGGGGCCAAUUGUGGAGAGCUACAUCGGCUUUAUCGAAAGCUACAGGGACCCGUUCGGCUCCAGAGGAGAAUUUGAAGGUUUUGUGGCGGUCGUGAACAAAGCGAUGAGCGAGCGCUUCGCCAAACUGGUGAGCUCGGCCGAAGUGCUGCUCCCCGAGCUUCCCUGGCCCAGGGAGUUUGAGAAAGACGCUUUCCUUAAACCGGACUUCACUUCCCUCGACGUCCUCACCUUCGCCGGCAGCGGAAUUCCAGCCGGAAUUAACAUUCCGAACUAUGAUGACAUCAGACAGUCGGAGGGCUUCAAAAAUGUCUCUUUAGGAAACGUGCUGGCCGUGGCUUACUCCACCAACAAAGAAAAACUAACAUUCUUGAAGGAAGGUGACAAGGAUUUGUUCGUCAAGUGGAAGAGCCCAUCAUUCGAGGUGCAAGUCGGCCUGCAUGAACUUUUGGGCCACGGAAGCGGAAAGUUGUUCGUCCGGGACAACGAGGGCAAGUUCAAUUUUGAACAGAGCACAGUGAUCAACCCAGAAACGGGCGAGCUGAUUUCCAGCUGGUACCAGGACAGUGAGACCUGGGACAGCAAAUUUUCCUCUAUUGCCUCCUCAUAUGAAGAAUGCAGGGCAGAAUGCGUGGGGCUCUACCUGUCUCUCAACAAGGAUGUACUCAGUAUUUUCGGUCAUGAGGGGCAGGACGCGGAAGACGUGGUCUACGUCAACUGGCUAAGCAUGGUGCGAGGCGGACUCCUGGGCCUGGAGUUUUACACGCCCGAGAGCAAGAGCUGGAGACAGGCACAUAUGCAGGCUCGUUUUGUCAUCCUGCGUGUGCUGUUGGAGGCCGGCGAGGGCCUGGUGGCGCUGGAGGAGGUCACCGGAGUAGACGGCAAACCUGACGCUGUCAUCACACUGGACCGGGGGAAGAUCCACAGCGUCGGAAAGGACGCCAUCCACAAGUUCCUUUGUAAAUUGCAGGUCUUCAAGUCGACAGGUGACGUGGACAAAGGCCGCGCCCUUUAUGAGCACUACUCUGCUGUCGGCGAGAAUGGCGCGCACAACUUCCUGCGGCUUCGUGAGACAGUGCUGCUGCGGAAGGAGGACCGCAAGAUGUUUGUCCAAGCCAACACCAGAAUCAAUGAGCAGAGUGUAGAGCUGAUCGAGUAUGAAGGCAGCGCAUCAGGCGUGAUAAAGUCUUUUGUUGAGCGCUUCCAAGAUAACGACAAACUGGAGGCUGACCUCUUGGAGUUGAGAAAAGUGGAUUCUUCUUGUUGGUGUUGA